AUGACGACACAGCAUAUUCUGAGGGUUCCUGGAGCUCAAAUACGAGCAACAGAGCCACUGCGAGUCAUUGUGUUUGGCGGAACUGGGGUUGGGAAGACUUCGGUAUGGAAGGACAAUACUGACCUGCAGCCUCUAUCUAACUCUCAAAGUCUCGUUAUCCCAAAGUUCGUCAAUGAUGCUAGCGGAAGCAAUCUUCAAAUUGGUCAUGAUCUCCCAUCCUGCACCAAAGCAGUUCAAGCAGGCCCUGUGUUCUUUAUCAAUGACCGAGCCGUACAAAUCUUCGAUACACCUGGGUUUGACGACACAACAUUGACAGAUACAGAAAUACUUCGCUCAAUCUCCGAAUUUUUGUUGCGUUUGCACGUUCAAAAUCAACCAAUUACGGGAGUUGUGUAUAUCCAUCGUAUUACUGAUAACCGGAUGAAUGGAGCAUCGGUACGGGCCCUGAGUCUGUUCCAAAAGAUAUGCGGCUCUCAGGCGAUGCGCAAUGCUGUGAUCGUAACAAACAUGUGGUCCAUCCCUCGAGACCCUCAACAGGAGGUUCGCGAGAACCAACUCAAAAGUGAAUAUUUCCGGAGUGCAAUCCUUGAUGGUGCCAAGGUAGCUAGGCGCGGAGGUACUGGCCCUGAGUCAGCACGAGCGGUUCUUGGCCUCCUGUUGAAUUGCGCCCCUGUAAUGCUUGCGCUUCAAGAAGAACUAGCGAUUCGACAACUCCCAUUAGACGAGACCGAAGCUGGAGCCCUUGUCGACCAGAACUUAAGAAAGCGGUUGGAACGCCAACAGCGUGAAAAAAUGGAGCUCGAGGAAGAGCUGCAAGAAGCUAUUAGGGAGCGCGACAGACGUGCCCAGGAACAGCUGGGGAGGUUCAAGCGCGAUAAGGAAUUGGAAGUCAAGUUACUGCAAGAACAACUGGAUGCCCUCCGUGAGGCCAGUGACCUCCAACGUCAAAGCGUGAGUCUGUCCAGAAGACAUGAGGCACAGCAUCCAGGCGGUACGGGAAGUCCGCCUGGGGUACAGAGCUCGGCAGGUACGGACGGCCAGUCGUCCAAUAGGCCAGGUCGAGGGUUUGGCUUGUGGAAGAGGGGAAAUCGGAAUACUCCCUAG